AUGCGCGCCUCAACAUUUUUCACGGCCCUCUGCCUUCUUGGCAGUGGUGUCGCCUCGCGUGUUGGCCGAAGAGAAAACUCCACGACAACGGACACGGUGAUUCCCAACCGCUUCAUCCUGCAACUGGCAGAUGCUGCGGAUGUUGCGACGGUAGCUGCAGCCAUCAAUGCGCGACCCGGCGCCCGAGUCGUCAAGGAGUUCAACAGCCCCGUUUUCAAGGCUGUCAGCAUUGAGUCCAACACUGAAACCACCGACUCCCUCUCGAAGAUCACCGACGUCGACUCAGUCUGGCCUUCUCGCAUGAUCAAGCUCGACCCCUCACCCAAAGGCUCGCUUGACAAGAGAGACGCUGCAGCAGUCCCGUUCCGCGAGAUUCACAAGUCCACCGGCGUCUACAGAUUACAUGAGGCGGGUAUCCUGGGCGAGGGCGCUAAGGUUGCUGUUGUCGACACUGGAAUCUACUAUGAUCAUCCCGCUCUUGGUGGUGGGUUCGGUCCUGGAUUCAAGGUUGAGGGUGGUCGCGAUCUAGUUGGCGAUGGAUCCUGGCCGAAUGAACCUAAGAACCCCGAUGACGACAUUGAAGAUUUCCAGGGACAUGGAACUCACGUCGCUGGCAUUGUUGCUGGUGAAACAGAAGAGUUCAAGGGAGUUGCCCCCAAAGCCAAGAUUUACGGUUACAAGGUCAUGGGUGCUCGAGACUAUACCGAUGACGAGACUCUCAUUGAAGCUUUCCUGGCCGCCUACGACGACGAUGUUGAUGUCAUCACGGCCAGCAUCGGCGGUCCUGAUGGAUGGCCUGACAGCGCCUGGCAACGGGUGUGCGACCGUAUCGCAGCCACUGGAAUCGUCAUCACCAUUGCAGCCGGCAACUCGGGUUGGGAGGGCGCUUACCACGGCAGCUCCGGUUCCUCAGCCAAGGGUGUUAUCGCAGUUGCAUCCACAGAAGCGUCCGUCAUUGCGGGAAAACCCUUUAACGCGACCUUCACCGAUGCUUCCGGUGUCUCCAAAACCUUCACUAUUGGUUACAUGGCCGACGAGGCCUUCCCCGAGACCCUCAACGUGCCGAUCGUUCCUCUCACCUUGGACACUACAUCCGAAAUCGCGCGUGGAUGCCAGUCAUUCCCUGCCGGAACUCCCUCUUUCUCCAAUAAGAUUAUCUUGCUCCGCGCAGGAGGUUGCCAGAACUUGGUGAAGCAGGCCAACGCGAGAGCCGUCGGUGCCCAGUACGUCCUCACCUACAACGACGAGUCCGUCAUCGGGGUCCCCUUCAACUACGAGAGCGCGACCAUCGGCACCGUAUCUGGCGACGCAGGCCACGAGAUCAUCGAGGUCAUCAAGAACGGCGGCAAGGUCACUGGCGACUUCUCCCUCGACCAGUCCAAGCCCAUUGGCAUUCUCAACCCGUACGGCAACCUCGCAAACGACUUCACUAGCAUCGGCGCCCUCAACGAUCUCUCCUUGAAGCCUGACAUCGCCGGUCCCGGUGGCGACGUCUUCAGCUCCUAUCUCUCUCCGCCGACAUGGGCUAUUCUCAGCGGUACAUCGAUGGCGACGCCGUAUCUUGCUGGUGUAGCUGCCCUCUACAUCGGCAAGUUCGGAGGCAAGAAGGUCCACGGCGCCAAGUUCAGCGAGCAGCUCAUGAUGCGCAUCAUCUCCAGCGGUGAGCCGGUGCAGUGGUCCAAUGACAUCAACGUCGUUGACGGCUUCACUGCCUCGGUAGCUCAAGUCGGCACUGGUCUCGUCAAUGCUUCCAAAGUUUUGGAUUACACUACCCAGCUCUCGCUCGAGCGCUUCGCCCUCAACGAUACGGCCAACUUCAUCGAGAGGCACACUGUCGAGAUUACCAACAAUGCCGCGCAGGCUGUUACGUACACCUUUGCCGUGGAAGAGGCCGGAGGAUUCGAUACCCUUGACGCUUCCGACCCGACCAAGAUCGCCAAGUAUCCCCUUACGCCCCAGAAGAUGGUGCCGGAAGUCACUCUGCCUCAAGAUGGAUUCAGUGUUGGACCGGGUGAGACGAAAACCGCCGAGUUCAUCUUCAAGGCUCCAGGUGAACUCAACGCUGCCCUGCUACCCACUUACAGCGGAAACAUUGCCAUCAAGAGCAGUGUCGGCGAACACCUUGCCGUCCCUUACCUUGGACUGGCCGCCGACCUCCAGAAGGAAAUGCAUGAGACUUUCGAAAAGGGCUCUCCUACAGGGACGAAGGGCCCUGAUGGUAACACUGCACUGGAUGCCACCAAGCCGGUCUCCUUCACGUUCGACCUCUCCACCGCAGCCCAAGACUUCCCCCGCAUCGCGUAUGAGAUGCUGUGGGGCACCAAGACCCUUCGAUGGGACAUCUUUGAAGCUGGAUGGGAUGAGAGCCGCUGGGCGUCGUACCCACCCGUAGUCGGAGAGAACGGCUAUGUUGGGACUGCAACGGGAUACCGGGGCUCGCCGAGCCAGGCCAACUUCGACCCAGCAAGGGACGAUAAGAACUGGACGGUUGCGUUCCCGUUGGUGAACAUCUUUCGGACGUCCAUCGAGACGGCAAGGCACCGUGUUUGGUGGCUUGGAGGGCUCGGGGAUGGAACCGACAUCAAACCUGGCAAUUACACGAUGCGUUUUGCCGCGCUUAACCCGCUCGGUGAUCCGGCCAAGGCUGAUCAUUGGGAUGUGUAUGAAGUGAAGGAGAUCACUGUGGUUUCUUCUCCACACUGGUGA